AUGUCCGCCAACACCGUCCCAGCAGGCUCAAACGGCGCACCCAUACACCGCGGCGAGCACCUCCUCACCCCCGGCUACGCGUCAAGCUGCGAGCUACGCGUUCCCGCCACCAUGGAAGGUCCCAAGCGCAGCGACCGGUCUGUGGGUGCCGUGUGGCUCACCGACCAGCGCGUCAUCUACGUCACCCGCAAGCCCACGGGACAGGAGACCAACGACGGCCUGUUUGGCACCAUCGACGACCACCCAACGCUCACGAGCGUGAUCAUUCCUUAUGCCACGAUCCGCAACAUCGAGUUCAAGCUCCCGCUCUUUGCGCCCAACCACAUGAACAUCCAUUUCGGGCGCGACCACGACCACCUGUGUCCCAACCUGCCCGAGACCGGGUCCGAGCAGGACCUCGUGGUCAAGAUGGUCGUGGGGAACGGGCUCGGACACAACCUGUACAAGCGGAUCGAAAAGGAGCGCGCGGCGUGGAAACAGCGUCAGCGCGACGAGGACUUUCUUCCCGAGUAUACACCUGCAUACGUCCCGACACCACCUGCAAGCCCGCCACCGCCUGCCGAUGCUCCAGGUACUCCCCCCGGCAGUCCUCCAGCUCGCAGUGGCAUGCCCCCGCUUAUCUAA